GUACACACACACACACUCACCCGGAAAGUCCAUGUUCACGUGUGUUUGAAGUCACUGUUCGCUCCUUUCAAUCUAGAAACAUGGGAGAAACUGCCAAGAAGCCACUAUUUCGUGACAUUGAUGGGGACGAUCCUGAUCCAGAGGCUACAGUGAUUGAAAGUCUUUGUUUGAACUGUGGAGAAGAUGGAAUCACUCGGUUGCUGCUCACCAAGAUACCCUUUUACAAAGAAGUUGUGAUUAUGUCGUUUUCGUGCGACCACUGUGGAUUCAGCAACAAUGAAAUUCAACCUGGUGGACAAAUUCAAGAGAAAGGUGUUCGUAUCACUCUUAAAGUUUCAUCUGUAGCAGAUUUGAACAGACAGCUUGUUAAGUCCGAUUCAACCUCAGUCUACAUUCCCGAAGUUCUCCUUGAGAUUCCUGCUUUUUCUCAGAAAGGAGAAGUGACAACUCUUGAAGGAGUCAUUGAUCGGAGUAUUCAAGGUCUUGAACAGGACCAGGAGGCUCGCCGCAAGGAUCACCCUGAAGCUGCUGCUCAAAUUGAUGAGUUUUUGGUGAAACUGAAGAAGCUGAAAGAUGUGGAGUCUCCAUUUACUGUGACUUUUGAGGACAUUAGUGGAAACACCUUUGUUCAGAAUCCUAAUGCACCACAUGUAGAUCCAAGUGUCCAAACCACCCACUUUUUUCGUUCAAAGGAACAAGAUCAUUCUUUGGGCAUUUUUAGUGAGUCAGAGGUUGCUGAGGGUACUGAUCAAGAAAAGAAUUCAAACCAGGAUGGCCUUCUGCAACCAUCAAAAGAAGGAGAUUUUACUUUGGAAACUCUACAGGGCGAAGUUCUUCAGUUCCCUACGAAUUGCCCUCGGUGUAGAGCCCCUUGCAUGACUAACAUGAAGGUCACAAAUAUUCCAUAUUUUAAGGAAGUUGUUAUUAUGGCAACUAAUUGUGACACAUGUGGAGAAAGAACUAAUGAAGUUAAAAGUGGUGGAGGUAUACAGCCUCAGGGCAUGAAAAUUGAAGUGAAAGCAAGCUCCAAAGAGGACUUUUCUAGAGAUGUUCUUAAGUCUGAUACGUGCUUCCUAUCAGUCCCCGAAUUGGAUAUUGAAGUGGGACCAGCUGCACUGGGUGGUCGCUUCUCUACUGUGGAAGGCAUUCUGACUGCCAUGAAAGAUCAGCUUCUAGAUGCAGAUGUUAUGUUCAGUGAUAGUGCUGACCUGGCUAACAAGAAAAAGUUAGAAGAAUUCCAUCAGAAAUUUAAUAGUAUACUGGAGGGAAAGGAACCUGUUACUUUAGUUUUGGAUGAUCCAGCUGGAAACAGCUAUGUACAAAGUUUGACAGCCCCUGAACCUGACCCAGCACUCACAAUCACUCAUUAUGAGCGCACAUUUGAUCAAAAUGAAGAACUUGGUCUCAAUGAUAUGGUUGUUGAAAAUUAUGAAAAUAACUGAACUGAGCUGGCAUGAGGUAGGUGUACUCUCAAAUAAACUUUUUAUAUCAAAGGGAAAAAACAUUUUUGAUGAAUCACUAUUAUGUUUUAUUUUAUUAUAAAAAAUAUAAAACUGUUGGCUUUGCACUUGCAAAAAUACUGGUAGUUUAUGAUUAUGAUUCUCUCACAGACUUGUCAAUAAACAUAAUUAUGGAAAGAAAUCAACAAUAUCUUUAAAUCUUAAUUAAAAUGGCCAGUUUGAAUGAAUUCAAAAAUAGAAAAUGACAUUGCUGUUGAAUUGUCUGAUUUUAUGCUCAUGAGUAAAUGGCACUAUUUUUUUA